UGGUUGGUUGGUGUUCCUCAGUGUCAUUUUUGUCCAGUUUGUGUGUUUUUAUUAAGUUUUAGGGCAGUAAUGAAUAUAUUUUUUACUAAUAUUUUAGUGGAAGUAACAACAGUGACAAUAAUGCGUGCCGAACCUUUUAUACCUGACUAAUUGGCAUCUUUGAGUCAUCACGGAUUCUCCAGAGCGAGCAAUAGGUAGGGCCAGCGAUGGAGGUGGCAGCCCGCGCGCUCGACGUGCUGCCCCUGCUGCAGGAGCGGGUGGCGGCGCUGACGGGGGGCCGCGACCGCCGCGGGGGGCCCAUCAUAUGGUUCCCCGCCAACUCGCGCCGCGACCGCGUCGCCCCAGAUGACUACCGCCGCCUGCUGCACUAUUUAAUGAGCAUACCAUGUGAUUCUGUCAGAUCGCAUGGCUUCACGAUACUAAUAGACAUGCGAUAUGGUUCAGCUUGGGCUGCUGUAAAGCCCAUUCUAAAAGUUCUCCAAGAACACUUUUCCUCAUCCGUCCACCAGGCAUUGGUUGUCAAACCUGACAAUUUCUGGCAAAAGCAACGCACAACGAUAGGAGCUCACAAGUACAAGUUUGAGACAACCAUGAUUAGCUUAGAGGCACUUCCCAAGGUGAUAGAUAGCUCACAAGUAACAACAGAUUUAGAUGGCACACUCCAAUAUGAUCAUGCGCAGUGGAUCGAUUUGCGAUUGGCCUUAGAAGAGCUGGUGUGGCAAGCGGGCGAGCUGAUCGACAGACUGGACGACCUGCAGGAGGACGUGGCGCGCGCGGACUUCGCCGACGACGUGACGGGCGCGCGCCGCGCCAUCGACGCGCACGCAGACAUCAGCAAGCGGCUCGCCAAGGUGCCCGUGGAUGAACUAGAGGCGCAAGGCGAGCGCGUCCUUCAGCGCUUGGAGGCGGCGGAGGCAGCUUGCGCGGAGGCCAGCGGCAGCGGCGGCGAGGCGGCGUUCCACUGCGGCUCGCCGGGCGCCGUGCGUGCUCAGCUGGCCGGCGUGCGGUCUGCCCACGCGCACGCGCACAAACUGUGGCAGCACAAGAAGAUGCAGCUCGACCAGUGCUUCCAGCUGCGGCUGUUCGAGCAGGACUGCGAGAAGAUGCUCGAAUGGAUCGUAAACCAUCGCACGGCGUUUCUCGCUACCUACGUCGAGAUUGGAAGAUCCUGUGCAGCAGCUAAACGCCUUCAAGAAGAACACGCUAGGUUCGCCGCAGCGUGCACCGGCGGCGGACGGCCCAGCGUGGCGCGUGUGACGACUGCUGCUCGACGCCUGGCCGACAAGCGCCACUACGCCGAAGCCCACAUCACGGCGCUUGCGCAUCGCCUCGAACGCGCUUACAAGCAGCUUUCCGCCGGUCUAGAGGAGCGCUCGGCAGUGCUGUCUCUGUCCGUGGUGUUCCACCACAAGGCCGAGGCGUACGCGUCAGCCGUGGGCGGGUGGGGCGCGCAGUGCGCGGUGGCGCUGCAGCUGGCCACGGGGCAGGGCGGCGCGCCGUGCGGCGACCCGCGCGCGCUCGAGCAGCACGCGCAGCGCCACCGCCAGCUGUACGAGCACAUGUGCCAGGCGUACACAGAGGUAAAACUACAGAAGGAGCGCCCAGCAGUGCUCUCUCUCAGUGGAGAAAUUUUGGAGGCUUGCAUGUCGGCGACGGGCAGGGCUUCGUGUGUGCUCGAGCAGCACGCGCAGCGCCACCGCCAGCUGUACGAGCACAUGUGCCAGGCGUACACCGAGGUUCAUUCCACUAGUAAAAAGCUGCUAUACCAGCUAGAUCACCUAGUUCAAGUUUGCCAUCAAACCGACCCUGCGGAUAUGCAGAGCGACGGGUCCGUAAGCACGGCAGGCAGCAGCGGUGGCGACCCGGCGGCGGAUUACAGCUCGGGCGCGAACCAUGUGCUCGCCGUCAUACACCAGAUACUAGGCCACCACCGGGCCUUGGAAGCACGCUAUCACCAGGCCAGGCUCAAGCUGCACCAACGACUUGCGUUGCUUUUGUACAAAGAGGAUUGUAGGCAGGUUUUGGACUGGUUGGCGAAUCAUGGUGAAGUUUUCCUGCAGAAAAAUACAGGAAUAGGACGGAAUCUCCACAAGGCAAGAGUGUAUCAGAAAUCUCAUGAACAUUUCGAAAAUGUUGCUCAAAAUACGUACACGAACGCCGAGAAACUUCUGGCAGCAGCGGAGGAGUUGGCUCGCUCCGGCGAAUGCGACCCCGAAGAAGUGCUAGGUGUUGCGAGAGAUUUGGAAGCGCACGUGGCUGCGUUCGCGGCGCGCGUCGACCGCCGGCGGAGAAGGCUCGACUUGGCCGUGCUGCUGUAUACUCAUGAGAAAGAGCUCCUCCAAUGGCUUGAGACGCUGCGCAGCGGCGGCGGCGUCUGCGCAUCAGACGACACGCCCGAGGCGGCGCGGCGCGCGCUCGAGCAGUGCGCGCAACACCGCGCCGCCAGCCUCGACGCCUGCGCCGCCACCAUCGCGCAGGGCGAGGCGUUGCUGCAGGACUUACGCUCUGCGGCGUUAUUGUUCGCUAGCCUCGCGAUGUCGCACGACUAG